AGGCAUAUCAGCAGGCUGCAGCAACAGGCUUGAAGUCCAUUGAGCAACUUGACAAGAUCAUGACAGUGCUUGCAAAUGGAGGUGGAGAGAAGGCCAGACAACGCCACACUCAGCUCAACAAGAAGAUGCUUGUAUGGGACAGGAUUGCCCGUUUAGUGGAUCCCAAUACAGAGCUGAUCAACCUCGCUCCUCUGGCUGGCCUCUCCCUGGAGUAUGGAGAUGUACCCUAUGGGGGUGCAGUUUGUGUCAUUGCCAAGGUGAAGGGGCGGUACUGCGUGAUCAACGCCAAUGAUGGGACUGUGAAGGGAGGCACCUACUUCCCCAUAACAGUCACAAAGUCACUGCGGGCACAGCAGAUCUCUGCGGCCAGCCGGCUGCCGUCCAUCUGUCUGGUGGACAGCGGCGGUGGCUUUCUGCCGCUGCAGAGCCAGCUGUUUCCGGACAAGCAGCACGGCGGCCGCAGCUUCCGCAACCAGGCGGUGCUCUCGGCCGACGGGAUCCCGCAGGUGGCGGUCGUCUGCGGCAGCUGCACCGCCGGCGGUGCGUACGCACCGACCAUGUCUGACGAGGCUGUGAUGGUGGACCGGAUCGGUACGCUAUUUCUGGGAGGACCGCCGCUGGUGCGUGCCGCCACUGGCGAACAGGUCACCGAGGAGCAGCUCGGUGGCGCCACACUGCACUGCAGCGUGUCCGGCUGCUGCGACAUGUUUGCCGCGGACGAGGAGGAGGCGCUCAGCACGACGCGUGACGUCAUCGACUCGCUCAACCUGCCUCCGGCCGAGGCGAGCCAACACGAGCCGCCGCUCCUGCCGUCUGCCGGCCUGGACACGCUCUCAGGCCUGGACCAUCUUUCGCACUCGGAAGUGCGAUACGUCUUAGGGACCAUCCUAGACGGAAGUCGCUUUCGAGAAUUCAAAGCUACCUACGGCAAGAGCGUCAUCACUGGUUUCGGAAAGCUUAACGGGCGGCUGGUUGGCGUGGUGGCCAACCACGGGACGGUGACGUCACGCGACGCCCUGAAAAUGGCGCAUCUGGUGGAGCUCUGCGACCAGCGUGGCAUUCCCCUUAUCUAUCUGCAAAACUCGCCAGCUGACGCAGCGGCGGACUGCUCAGAUCCUGAGGUCCUGAAGUGUCGCAGCCGAGCGGCCGCCGUGCUGGCCACCACCAGAGUGCCUCGAAUCAGCGUCAACCUCACGGGCUGUCACGGCGACCAGCACCUGACCAUGUGCGGCGUAGCGUUUGAGCCGAACUUCUACUUCGCCUGGCCACGCGCCAAGUUCUCGGGACCGGCGAUGACAGCUGGCGCGGAGCCGUCGGCGGCG